CAUUUAUUUGACAUAAAUAUUGAAUAGAUAACAUGCUGAAAAAUAAGUUAACCAUCAUUUUUAACCGUUUAUAAAAGAUAACAACAUAAAAUACAAGAUACGCUGCAAUAUUAUGUUUCUACGAGUUUCUAUGUAAAAUAUAUUUUAAUUGAUUUCAUAUUCGAAUCAUGAACGAUUAGAUAUCGCUGUUGUAUGCCGAUAUUUGUACAUACAUUCUGUCAGAGAAGUAUUGUACAUGUUAUUGUUGAUUUUACAGAACGUUCUUUCAGAGAAAAGAAGAGAGAAAGGGAGAAAAAGAGAGAAAGACGGAGAAGGAGCGAGAGAGAGGGAGAGAAAGAGAGAGAGGAAGGAAUGAUCACGAUAAGAGCACCUGAUCACUGAAUUGUGUGGCUACCACUGGCUAGUCACGGCUAUUGUCGACAGUUACGGUAGUUCUUAUUGUUAGAUUCAGUUGAUAUUGUGUAUCGUCUGCGUUUGGACGGAAUUAUUACCAUGGCAUUACCAUCAGCGUUGAAAACUUUGUUUAAAUACAUAGAUGAACAUAAACAGGAAUAUAUAAAUAAUUUGAAAGAGGCAGUAGCUAUUAAAUCUGUAUCAGCAUGGCCGGAUCACAGAGAUGAAAUAAUUAAAAUGAUGAAAUGGGCAGAAGCAAAAUUGAAAGAUCUAGGAGCAACUACAGAAUUGGCUGAUGUAGGAAAACAGACUCUUCCUGAUGGCACUAAAAUCCCACUUCCCCCUGUGUUACUUGGAAACCUUGGCUCAGAUUCGAAGAAAAAAACCGUAGUUUUAUAUGGGCAUUUAGAUGUACAGCCUGCAUUAAUGAAGGAUGGCUGGGAUACUGAGCCGUUUACUCUUACGGAAAAAGACGGAAAACUUUAUGGUCGAGGCAGUACAGACGACAAAGGACCAGUCCUUUGUUGGAUACAUGCAUUGCAAGCUUAUAAAGCAACUGGAAUUGAAAUUCCUGUCAAUCUGAAGUUUGUUUUCGAAGGAAUGGAAGAAAGUGGCAGUGAAGGUUUAGAUGAACUUCUUUGGGCAAGGAAAGAUAGCUUUUUAAAGAAUGUAGAUUAUGUCUGCAUAUCUGACAAUUAUUGGCUGGGCACCAAAAAACCGUGUGUUACUUAUGGUCUACGAGGUAUUUGCUAUUAUGUACUAGAAGUCACUUGCGCUACUAAGGACUUACAUAGCGGUACCUUUGGUGGAUGUGUAUACGAAGCUAUGGCAGAUUUAAUUUACUUAUUGAAUACUCUGGUCGAUGUUAACGGUCGCAUCUUGAUAAAUGGCAUUUAUGACAGUGUCGCAGAAUUAACAAAAGCCGAAUUAGAUAGUUACAAGGACAUAGAUUUUGAUGUAGAUGAAUUUAAGAAAACAAUUGGAUCUACAACACUAGCGCAUAAAGAAGAUAAAAUUAAACUCUUAAUGCACCGUUGGAGGCAACCUAGUUUAUCUAUUCAUGGUAUAGAGGGUGCUUUCAGUGAAUCAGGAGCGAAAACAGUGAUUCCAAGUAAAGUUACUGGCAAAUUUUCAAUUAGAAUAGUGCCUCAUAUGACUCCGGAUGAGACAACUGACAAGGUGAUCAAGUAUGUAAAUAAGAAAUGGCAGGAAAGAGGUAGCCCAAAUAUUAUGAACGUGAGCAUGUUCCAUGGUGGUAAACCAUGGUCCGAGAAUCCUGAUCAUCCAAAUUACGUAGCUGGUCGAAAAGCUACUAAACAUGUUUACAAUAUAGAACCUGAUCUUUCUCGCGAAGGUGGGUCGAUACCAGUUACUUUGACCUUCCAAGAAGUUACUGGUAAAAAUGUAUUGCUCUUACCAGUCGGUCAGGGUGAUGAUGGUGCUCAUUCUCAAAAUGAAAAAUUAAAUGUACACAACUACAUCCAAGGGACGAAACUCCUUGGAGCUUAUCUGUAUGAAGUAGCUCACGUGUAAAUAUUUUGCUGUUGGCAAUUGCUUAUCUUAAGCUCAAGGUGUUUGGAACUUUCUUGUUACUAAUUUACUUUAAAGCGUCACAAAACUUUAGUUAAGGUAUACUCGUAUAUAAAAUUUUGCAUUUACAA